CACGCCUCCAAACCCUACGUCACGCGUACGUGCUCGAUCACGGGGCGUGUGCUUGCGGCGCAACCUUAGAAGGACGAGCGACUCCGCGGCGGUGACGAAGUGCGGCGUGAAAACGAGGAAGAGGAAUCCACAGCCCGACAUUAACGUUUAUUCGACGAUAUAGUACAAAUACUAAACUGUCCCACCAUGAAGCUGCUGUGGGCUGUCAGCGCGCUGCUGCUGAGCUGCUGGCGGGCCGACGCGUCCACAGCCCCACACAUCAUUACUGAACCUUCUGAGGUCAGCAACAUGACCUCCGCAACCCUCCACUGCAACCUGACAGAGUCCAGCCUCCCCAUCAAGGGCUCCCACUGGACGCACAACGGCAAACUCAUUGAAAAGUCCAAGUCCAGCGAAUCCACUGCGUACACGACCCUCCGUUUGGAAAAAAUCACCCACACUUCUGGUGGGAAGUAUGAAUGUGUGUUCCUGACCGAACCAGAGGUGAAGCAGACGAUUGAAGUCAAAACUCUUCCCCAUGUUGCUGCCCACAAGCACUCUGAGCACGGCAAUGAGAACGACCAAGGGGUGAUGGUGUGUGUGAGCCACGGCUAUCCACUGCCCACCGACUGGACCUGGUUCAAAGAGGAAGAUAACUCCCAAACGCCUAUCAUCAACGGCACUAGCGACAAAUAUGAGAUCAAGAGCACCCCUAACAAGACCACUCUGACCAUUAAUGAGCUGAGCAUCGAAAACGACAUCGGCGACUACAUCUGCUCCGGAACCAGUGACCUCGGCACAGCCACCGACAAGAUCCACCUGCGUGUCCGCAGUCGGUUGGCCGCUCUCUGGCCCUUCCUCGGCAUUGUGGCCGAGGUCAUCAUCCUGGUGACCAUCAUCUUCAUCUACGAGAAGAGGAGAAAGCCCGAUGAGAUCACUGACGAUGACGACUCAGGAUCCGCUCCUCUGAAGAGCAAUUCUACUGAAAAUCACAAAGACAAGAGUGUGAGGCAAAGGAAUUCUAAUUAAAAGCCGAACGAGAUGGACAUCCAGAUGGCAGUCCAGGACUCGGCUGUUGUGUGGCACAUUAUACUGUGCACCCUGCAAUUUUAAAAGUACCUUUUUGUGCUUGGGUGUUAUUAAGAAAACUUUCUGAUUUCUUGUUUUUUUUGUUUUCUUCUAUAUUCUUCUCCACUUUGUGCAGCCACAGAACAUAGUGUGAAGUACUUUCUGCUUUGAGGCCCCCGGGGGCAAAUAUUGCAUGAGUUAAUAAUGCCGUUAUAGGAAAGUGUGUGUGUUGUAAAAAUCAUAGAUGGUUCAUGUGAGGAAUGCCUCUUUGUGGUUCUCUUUGUUUUUUUUAAAUGCCGAUGCUUCCUUCACUGACGUCACAGUUGUCUUUGCUUUUAUGUUCUCCAAUCUGUGGCUACUUAAGCAGUACAAGUUCAUCACACUUCUCUGCUAUUCUCAUAGCAACCACUGGAGUACGCUUGAAUUCUCACGUUUGACUCGUUCCGACACCAUCGCAAAAACUCCCUUUUUAUUCUUUGCCUAAACGCUAACAAGCACCAUUUGUCUUCUGUGUGUAAAUCUGACACCUCAAAUACAAAGCAGAAAUUAUGAAGAUGUAAUGACUGCAAAGUUUUGUUGCCGUGAGAAAUUACAAUUCUUUUUGGUAGGGAAGCUUUUUUUCCUUUUUGAAAUCAAGCUUUUAUUUUCCUUUAUUUUAUUUUUUUUAAUCAUAUUUAAAUAAAAGUUUUAGUCACUAACGUUUUUGUUGCCAAUGUCACAUCCAGAAUAAAAACACAUUGUUAUGGACCAAGUGAAA